AUGGAUGAUAAUAAUUUAAAACCAAUAUUUUCUAGUCAAUCUUAUCUUGAAUCUUUAUUUGGUUUUUGUGAUUUAUGUUUAAAUUUAAUUGAUUGUGAAAAUGAACUUUUUUUCGAAUGUGAAACAUGUAAUAAUGUUAUAGUAUGUCUCGGUUGUGUUAAACAUAGAACAGAACGACUUAAUUCACAUCCAUCUGAUCAUCAUUUUUGUCCUGGUAAACCUCAAUCUAAUACACAUUGGAUGCAAAGAAAUUUAUCUAUUGUAUGUAAUUCAUGUAGAGAAAAAAAUUUUUUUGGAAAACACUAUCAAUGUCGUCAAUGUUUAAAUUAUAAUAUAUGUUCAAAAUGUUUAUCUAAAGUUGAACAUAAUCAACAUCAUACAUUUAAAUAUAUUUCAAAUCCAAUAAAAAUUCAUAAUAAUCGAUGUUUACUUGCAGAUCGAGCUUUACAAAUAUUAAAAUUUCGUAAUGGAAAACCUACAGAUCGAGAUGAAAUUACAGGAUGGUCAUAUCUCGAAGCUGAAAUAAUUUAUCUUGAUGAAAUGAAUAAUUAUUAUACAGCAUGGAAAGAAGCAUCAAAAAUACUAGAAGAUGAUGAUAUUGAUUUUAUUCCAAGUAUUAUUGAACAUGAAAAAAUAGCAUUACCUUUAAUUCUAAUUUGA